AUGGAGCAGCCCUCCAAAAAACUAAAACUGGAAGCUGAACGACUUCGAGCAGAAAAAGAACACGAUAUCAUUGUCUCUGCUCUUAAACACGUAAUCACAGACGACAUUCAAAGUAACAACCACGAUGAACUCUUAUACACAAUGUUACCUCUGCCUCCAGAUAGUGAAACGUGUCAGGUAUGCAAAAUCAAGGGCUGUCUCGGCUGCAAUCUUUUUCUGGCUACUGAAGAGGAUAAAAAUGUAGUACAGGAGGACACGAGUAAGAAGAAGAUCAAGUACAGGGGGGUUAGGCAGAGGCCAUCGGGCAAAUGGGCUGCUGAAAUUUGGGAACCAUCACGAGUUGAACGGGUGUGGCUUGGCACGUUCGAGACGGACGAGGCUGCUGCUAGGGCUUAUGAUAAGGCAGCCAUUGAAUUUCGUCACUUGCGUGGACUUAAAACCAAGCUUAAUUUUCCGUUGUCCGACUACAAUGUGGAUCAAUUCAACCAGGGAACUUGAGCAAAUGAAUACAGAUUCAUGAAGCUAACUAAUUAAUGAGAUAGUGAGCAACUUACCGACACCAUGGAAAUGGAAGCAGCGUUUUAGAAAAUUAGAGGCGAGAGUUUGGAUUUGAAUGGUGACCAGAUGAGCUAAGAUAUUAGAG